AUGUAUUUAUCUCAUCAUUAUAUCUUUAGGUACAUCUUAUACAAGCUCCCCAGUAAGUUUGGAGGCGGUUUGGAGUAUUUGUACAUGGAUGACAGCACCAAUGGAUGGAUACUCAGCUCCAAGAUAAUCAGUGAAUCUGGCGCUCUGGCAAACACUCUGAAACCUCUUCUUGACUUCUAUACCUUGAGGACUGAACAUUUUGGAUACCUGCUCUACAAUGAUGACCCCCCAAUUAAUGUUGCUGUUUCCAAAUCAUUUGGCCACAGUAAAGGGGUUGUGAUGCUGGACAGACAAACUGGAGUUUGGCUUUCUCACAGCACACCAAGAUUUCCAACAUAUUGCAACAGAAACUUCUGGCCAAACAACGGGAAUGUUAACGCUCAAACAUUUCUGUGUGUGACCUUCCCUUAUGCUACCUUCAGAGAUAUCGGAGUGCAGCUAAAGUACAUCCACAUCUACUCCUUUGACUUCGACCUCCCAACUACCUUUCCCAUGGAGCUGCAAUGUGUCGCACAGCGAAGCUGCUACCCGAAAACAGAACCCUGGUCUAGAAAAGUGACGCUGACUUCCAAUGCAGGACGUGAAUUCAUCAGUUUCGCAAAAUACACACGUUUUGGGGAUGAUCUUUACUCUGGUCUAAUUUCAAAAGAUGUGAAGAAGAAUCUGUACGUGAGGACUUGGGGAAACCCGGGUAAGACGAAGCUUCUGCCUUCAAACUGCAGCAUCCCUUAUCAUGUGUACAAUGUGAAGGAUGUGCAGCUUUCACAGACGGUGUCCUUCAUCGACACCGUUGAUCAUUCCAAGUGGUGCGUGACAGCAGAUGGCGCCAUGUCCUGCAUUGCCGAUAUGAACAGGAUGAGGAGCCAGAUUUCCAGAGGUGGAGGAGCAAUAUGCACUGAUUACCCUGUAGUCGGGAGGGCUUUUUAUACACUGAUCAAAACACCCGAACCGUGUCCAUCUGAUGCUCAACACACGGAGCUGUAAAUGAACAACAAACUCAGCUGAUGUUAGCUACAGUUGUGACAGAAAGCUUCCAUACGUUUGGCAGUCAUGAGUUUUCAAUGACUCCUACAACUCAGAAUUUUGUAUGAUGGAGUCAUCAAAACACACACACACAAAAAAAACCCCAAUCAUAUUUCUUUUAUAGACUCAUUAAAGAUGUUUGGGACAUAUGACAAUCUUCUGGGUCAAAAAUAUAGAUACACUAACUCUAAUUAUCAGUUUUAAUGGAGUAGAAAGUUGUGUUAAUCACAUUUUCUCAGUGGCCUGGCUUCUUAAGUUCUCAUGAGUGAUUAUAUUGACUACAGCUGCUGACUCCUAAAAGCUGAUUUAAAAAGAACCCAUUUUAUUCACUUAUUAGACGCCAUAGUAGUUUAGGUUUGGUUUUGUUCCUGGUUUUGUACUGGUUUUUGACUUUUUUAGAACUGGUUUCUGACUGUAUUCUGUCUGGUUCUGAACAGUUUAAGUUAGACUGGUUUAGGUUAGAUUUUGGUCCUGGUUUUGGACUUUUUGAGGACUGGUUUCAGACUGUCUUAGGCGCGUUUUAGACUUUUUUUUUUUAAACCCCAAGAACACCAAAUCUACCAUGAAGCAUGGUGGUGGCAGUAUCAUGCUCUGUGGAACUGGAGCUUUACACAAAGUAAAUGGAAUAAGGAAGAAGGAGGAUUACCUCCAUGUUCUCCAGGAAAACCUGAAAUCAUCAUCAGAAGGUUGAUCUUGGACACAGUUGAAUGUUUUAAGAAGACAGUGAUCCCAAACACACAUCAGACGUGGUAAAGAAAUGGUUCCAUCAGGCUGGAAUGAAGGUUCUAGACUGGUUUCCCCAAAGUCCUGACUCAAACUAGUGUUGUAGAAGUCAUUGGAAAGUCAAGACUGUCGUGAUAUAUGUGGUCUAUACAAGUAGAUGGAAGCUUUAGUCCAUGACUGCAGCUGACAUUAGCAGGUGGAUAAUUCUAUAAUUCAUAUCAUUCAAUUCAAUUUGACACAGCUGAAAGAAUUACAUAAAACAGCGGGUUUUGUGAAAGAAGUCAAGGUGGAUCAAUGUGUUGUAAUAACAGUGUAGAGGACAUCCACAGUUGGAUGCAAAAUCCUUAAAUCUUCAAAAUAAGAAGAGUAAUCAAAAGUAAUAACUGGAAAUGAUGAUGUGAUUGAAGUAUUUACCUUGUGAUUAACAAAUGAUUAUCAGCAGAAUGUUGCUGGGAUUUGUUCAUCAUUUUUACUCGAUGUGUUUGCUGUAUGCUUAUUCACACAUUGCAUUAUUGUGCACAUUUUAAGAGUUGUGCUGAUCUGAGAGAUGAGAGGGUUUCAAGCAUCAUUCCCACAAUGUGAAGGAAUGGUCAGUCGUGUGACUUAGAAAAUGCAACUGGCUGAUGUUUGUCGGUGUUUCACCCUGUUCCGAUCAUUUUAUUCUGUCUCAUUUCACUUCCAUGGAGACGGCUUUCCUUUUCUUCGAAGCAUCAGAAGAUUCUGACUUAUGUUUGGAGCCAUAAUGAAGGACAAAAAGUUAGAUGUAGCACAAUCCAAAGUGGAGUACAACAGGAGAAUGGAAACAAAGCCGUCUGAUAGCGCCAAGUGACGAAAUAUUCAUCCGCUCCACUCACCAACUAGUUCCACGCAACCAGCUCCUACAAAACUCAGUAGGUCGACAAGCGGGGACCUCCUGUAUAAUCACCAAGUGUGCCUUAUUAUGUGUUUGGUUUGUGAUAAUCAUUUGAAUAAUGAGAGAGUAACUGUGUUGACUGUUUAACCCUCCUAUUGUCCUCAUUUACGGGCACCAAAGAAUAUUGUUUCUUUGUCUGAAAAAGCAAAAAAUAUCCCCAAAUUUCAGAAAAUUUGCAAAACC